UUUCGCUGUCGUUUGCUUCGCACAUUAAAAAACGCGUAUUUGAUCGACAUUCGCGCUACAUUUUUCUUCGCUUCCAUUACCGCGUAUCGGGAACUAGUGCGUGCUGAAAAUAAAUUCGCCAGAAAAUGAGAAUGGGAUACUUAACGAUCACAUUAGCAGUUUGUUUCGCUCUAUUCGCGGUAGUUCAAGAAGCUGCCGCAGAUGAUGACAACAACAAACCGCUAAUCUACUUCGACAAGGGCAGAAUCGGGGUGAAUUUCCUGGGAUUCAGAGCGGCCGCAGGACUCGGCGGUCUCCUGACAGGAAACGCCGCCGAUGGGGGCCUGUACGCCGAAGCGGGGACACCAUUCGGACAGUUCGCCCAUGCUGGAGUCGGGGGACAAACGGACGAAGGCAGAUCCGGAGGCGGUUUGUUCGCAGGAGCUACAGCAGGAAACGGUGUUGCUGCGAAGGCUGGUUUAGGAGGAGUUUCGGGAGCGAACGGGGCGAGAGGAGCUUCAUAUGCUGGAGCAACGGCCGGUGGAAGGAGUAAAUCUACUAUUAAAAUAUUCGGAGGUCCUUUGGAUGAUGCUAAUGUAGAACAGGAUCCGUUAGAAGGUAAUGUUCAGAAAGUACCUCUCAGGAAAAAAGCCACUGAAACUAAGAUUAUCGCUGACGAAAAAUUGGAUGAUGCUGAUGCUCCACCUGUACUUCUCGAUGUCAGGGGAAGAGCUGAUUUCCCACCGGUAUACAUUGAAAAAACUAAAUACAGGUUACGCAGGAGACCACACUACAAGCGAAAGCAUCUCAUUAUUACGAACGGAGGAAUAGACAAUUUGCCGGGACCACCCAUAGCUCCACUGCCCGAUUUCAUACCCGAACCUGUACCUGUUGAUGCUGGCAUUGCACCAGUUGGCGCCACAAAAACAGUAACAAUCAGAAAAACUAUUAAUCCUCAAGUUAUUAACGAUGCUUUUAAUAUCCCAAUCUCGACGUUAGAGGCAGUGUCGAAAUUGGUGGGAGGAAUAACCAAAAACGUCGAAGUUAAUAAAGAAGUUUCCAUUAAGGCAGAGGGGACCAAAUAUUAAAUAGGCUUAUUAGUUUUUGAAAAUGUAGAAUUAGUGAACUAGAAAUGUAGAAUUUGAUACCAGUAUUUUUUUAAACUUAGAGCUUUACCGACAUGUUUAUAUAUCUAAGAUAAUAAAGUUGUAUAAAAAUUUGA